AUGACCACGAGCAGUGAUCCAUACUCUAACUGUGCUUGGUUAGAACAACGUCGGAAUGGACUUGACGGAGAACUUUGGCGGAAAGCUCAAUUAAUAAAUCUGUUAUCCAAAUGCUAUACAAAGAAACUCAGAGGAUUUCGCGUCAGUUAUAUAGAUCCAGAUGACAAGUUAAAAAGUCAUUCGGAUAGACAAACACUUACAGGAACAUCGACAUGGGGACAAGAUUCAAGUUCUUCUGUUCGUAAGCUACUUGAUAUAAUUGUCACUGAAUGGAAUCCGGAUUUACUUGACCAAGUGAACAUUCCUGCGAGAGAAUUACAUAAUAAAAAAAUACAAAAUCCAUUUAAACCGUUGAAUCAAAUAGGUACUUCGUUAAAUCAUUCAAGUAGUAAUUUAAAAAUUCAAGCGGAAUUUUCGAAAUUCUGUUCCAGUCUCACAACGUUACAUUAUUCCGAAACGUGGGCUUCAAUGUUGCAUGAUUUCCAAGAUAAUGUAGUGUCCCUUCAAGAUCGUCCAAUAGUGAUCAGUGUGAAAGAUAUGGAGAAAAUGUCUACAGCAAGUGGAACGAAACAAACUGCUAUUAUCGUGGGAACAAUUGAUUCAACAAUCGGUAAGACUUUUUGCAACAGUUCCUCCAUAUUGUUUGAUAUCUACUGCUUAGAUGAUUCGUUCAAACACUCGACCAAAGCACCUAGUCUAUUUGAUGUUCUUCGUAUGAAUCUCGAUGGAAAGAACUAUUUUGGUGUUAUUGUCUGUGUGCGACAGAUACGAAUCAAGAAACAUAGAAGAAAUCCGUAUCCAAUGACAGCUAGUAGUACAGUAGAUAAAGUAGUGAGGGCCAGAUUGCGUCUUGUUCUUGGUAUGUAUUGUUCUGAAGAAUGUGCCAACGUUGUUGUAAAGCAACGAGAAACAAUGAUAUUAGAAAUUCCAUUACGUAGAAUUAGUAACAUAACAUCACCAGCUCGCAUGAUUCAAGCAAUUGAUGAAUUCGACAAUUGUCCCCAUAGAUGCUCUCUAAUAUUUCCAAAGGUUAACGAUACAUACUUCGGACUUUCUAGUACCUUUUCUAUGCCAACAGAAAAGAGGCCCGACUACAACUUGCAACAAACCAAAAUUAUUGAUAUUGCUGAGCAUAUGUAUGCUGAUGAUGUAGAACGAUUGCAUUUAGUUCUUGGUCCGCCAGGUAAGACACAAACUUUUACUAUUCAUUAG